AUGAGGGAUGGAAGAGGGGCCCUUGGCGCGCACCUCACCGGAGCAGAGCAGGAGAGAGGCGCUGGCUCGGACACGGCAUUGCACGGAUUCAGGAGGAGAACCCGGAAGGAGGGCCCUGACCCAUCAGUCACGCCGUCCUGGGUGAAUCCACCUGUGUUUGGUGUAGGUGGAAGUUCACCACGGGAGGAGUUUCCACUGGAAAUGAAAAGUUACCUGAGUGAAGGUCCAGACUUGAGGAACUUGUCGUUGGAACCACCAUGUUAUCAAGAACGAAAUUUGCUGCAGUUAGGAACGAGAAUAUUUGAGGAAGAACCGCCAAGUGCUUUUCUGGGCUUGGGCUCUGAGCUUGCACUGUCUUUCCUGCGCUGCAUCCUUCCCGUAGCCCUGUAUGUGUGGCCUGAAGUCGUCCCGAAUGAUGAGACGAAAGAGGUCUCCCACGACUGUGUACAGCCUGUGUUUUCAGAGCGUGCAGUAGAGUGCUUGCAAAUGCUCUCAAGGGCCAGAAGGGCGCCAGGUGGCCUGCAGGCGCCGCUGGGCUGGCUGGCUCCACGAGCUUCCGAGUUAGCAGGCCUCUCAGGCCAUAGUAGUUAA